AUGUGGUUUCUCAAGGUCGUCACGAUCGCCGCGGCGGCUGCAGCAGGGCUGCAGAUUGGAGAACAGGCGGAUAUCGAGAAUUGGAAGAGGCAACUUGGAGAUGCAACAUCGUUUAUUGCAGAACUCCCUACUGGACAAGCAGCAGCAGAUGUCUCAUCAUCAGUGCCGCCAACAUCAACAGCGGCUCCUACUACUCCCCCUCCUCCUCCACCACCACCUCCGCCUCCGCCGCCUACGCCAACAUCAUCAAGUACGCCGCCGCCGCCGCCGCCUCCUCCCCCGCCGCCUCGGACAACUACCACAACCACAUCAUCAGCGGCUGUUGCAACUACCUCUCGCGCGGCCUCGCCUCCUCCACCACCUCCUCCAACCUCGACUCGACAGGCUCAACCUACGACUGUACCGCCACCUGUAUUCUCGCCAUCAAGUCCAUCACCGCAACCAACCACUCAGCGACAGACACCCUCAGCAGCACCUACGGCUCUUCCAGCUGUUACGACUACCACAGCUGCUGGCGCUGCAUCCCAGCAGCCGCCUCCAGGCCAAGGAGGGGCACAGCAAGCACAGCCGCCAGUUCAACAACGACUCGUUGACCCAGCUGAAGGUGCUUUCAUUGGUGGUAGCCCGACAACUAAUAUCGAUGUGCCCGUAACGUUUUUGUUCCUGUUACUUUUCAGUGCAGGUGCAUACACCCAUAUCAGAAUUUACAGGGUGAACGCCAAACGGGGCCACAAGUUCCUCCUCUCAGAUCUCAUGUUCGAUUUCUGUAUGGUGAGAAAUGUUACUUGUAUCAUGAGGAUUGUCUGGGCAUUUGAGAAGGCCCGUGUUGUCAUUCUCAUAGCCUUGAUCGUUCAGUUCGGAGGCGCUGUCGUUAUAAUGAUUGUCAACAUCUUCUUCGCUCAGAGAAUCAUUCGCUCGAUCCACCCUAAUUUCGGAUGGCAUCCUUUCUUCGGAGUCGCCACCCUGUUUUUCAUCUUCUCGGUACCGUUUGUCGUUGUCUCCAACAGUACCUCCAUAGGCGUGUCCUUUUACAAGAUCGAGGACCAGGACCGCGUCGACACCGCACUCAACGUCCUGAAAGCGGGUGUCUCUUGGAUCAUGCUGCUUGCGAUCUUGCCAGUCGUCUCCGUCAUUAUUGCAUCAGUCAUUCCAGGGCCUAAGCCCGAAAGAUUCGGCGUCGGCGAUACUCACCAGAAAAUUGCCGUUCUGCUGAUUGGCGCCACCCUCCUCAUUGCAGGUCAUGCUGUGCGUCUGGCAUCAACUCUAAAUCCCGAGCCCCCAGAUUCCACAAGCAAACUUCUCAGCAAAGAAGUUUUUUACACGACGGGAUUCAUGCUUGAGAUCUUUGUUGUCGUUUUCUAUGCAGUGGUGCGCAUCGAUCUUAUGUUUCAUAUUCCCAACGGCUCAAACCAACCGGGUGACUAUUCGAGAAAGCCCAAGCCUGGCGAGGAGGACUACGAAGCCGCCCUUCUCACAAAGGAAGAAAUUGAGGAUGAAAUUUCAGCAAUGGGUCACCCAUACGAGAUUGUGGAUUCAUCCGGCUUAGGAAGAGAUGGCUCUGGACGCACCAUUGUUGCUUUUAGCACUCGCCGCAUAAACAACGAGAAGCCGGUCGUGCUACCGCGCCGUCCAGAAGCAUACAGCCGCGUACAGUCAAUCAGAGGGUCGGUCAGAUCGGUUCGCGGUUCUCUCCGGUCAGCAAGAGGAGGCAUAUCCCGAAUCAUGUCAGGCCGCCUCACUCCGGCCCCUUACUUGAACGAGGUCAACACCUCUCAGCCUGCAUUCGCCAACAAUCCUUUUGGCACAAACCAUGUAAGCCAGUACGGUGUCGCGCAGCCGCUCUUUAUCCAAUCUCGCUUUAGCAGAUACACAGAUGUGGAUGAUGAGAGGUCACACCUGCGGCCCGAGAGUCAAGCAACGUCCGGUGAAAUCCCUUUGAGUUUGGACCGUGAAGGACUUGGCCCCGAAGAGGGGCGGAGGCGAACACGGCGGUCGUCAAUACAAAAGUUUGCGGCGCUGGAAAGGGAAGGUCAUCCUCUGAAGUAG